ACGCUUUACCUGAGCACUUGAGACGUAUUGAAGGCAAGCGGGGGGCUUCGCGGCUGCAUUGCUACCGUUUGUUUCCCGUUUUUCAGUGGGUCAGUGCUCCUUAUAAUUCCUGUUAACACGUAAAGUAAAACUGUGACAGAAGGUGAUAGAAAUGUGUCGUUUUGACCACAUUUAGACCUGGAAAAGAGAUUAGUUUCCCUGAGUGCUGUCUAACAGGCUACUGAACCCUGAAUUCAGUCUGGCAGGAUAAACACCCAAACCGAAGUUCACAAUAAUUUUAUAGUUUGAGGAAUUCUAUAUGUGAUAGGAAGAUCAAGUGUACGGAUUCUACUCUGUUCACGGAAGUUUUCGUAGUUUUUUUUAAGGAAUCAGCUUUAUUAAAGCUUUUUAAUUAUUUAUUUUUAUUAAAUAAUUUGAAAUAGUAACUGUUUUAAAACAUGCUUUAUGGUUUCCUGGGCAUGCUUAAGUAAAUAAAUCUAUUCAUGAAAUAGUCAGGAGAAACCCAUCACAAUGAGCUCCUUAGCUCAUCAUUUCAUAUAUUUGGGCUAUCUAUGUUGACAUUAGCGUCUCUUGAGAGAGUCUCCGAUCAUCAUUCCCAGCAGCCUCUGAAGAAGUUCUGCUGCAGCUUUAGUUUGUUGAAUUUGUGAAAGAAUGUAUCUUGUUGGAAAAAAAGACUGAUAGACUGAAAGACUGAGAUGAAGGUGGAGUUUAAGUCUGAAUGUGAAGAAACAUCCAAAGUCUGUGAAGAUCCCACGUUUGAGAUGGAGGAGACUGAUCAUGAGUCCAUGGGUCCAUGAGUCCAGGCCUGCAGAACAUCAUCAGGAUUCCUGUCAUCAUCCUACAUGAAAUAGAUGUUCCACAGCUGCACGUCUGUAAAGAGGAGGAGAGGAUCUCCAACCUGAAACAGGAGGAAUCCGAGCCUCCACAGAUCAAGGAGGAGCAGAAGGAGCUCUACAUCAGUGAGGAAGGAGAACAGCUGGAACUGAAGCAGGAGAACCAGGAUUUUAUGAUCACUGACACCAAAGCAGAACCAAAUGUUCCACAGCUGCACGUCUGUAAAGAGGAGGAGAGGAUCUCCAACCUGAAACAGGAGGAAUCCGAGCCUCCACAGAUCAAGGAGGAGCAGAAGGAGCUCUACAUCAGUGAGGAAGGAGAACAGCUGGAACUGAAGCAGGAGAACCAGGAUUUUAUGAUCACUGACACCAAAGCAGAACCAAAUGUUCCACAGCUGCACGUCUGUAAAGAGGAGGAGAGGAUCUCCAACCUGAAACAGGAGGAAUCCGAGCCUCCACAGAUCAAGGAGGAGCAGAAGGAGCUCUACAUCAGUGAGGAAGGAGAACAGCUGGAACUGAAGCAGGAGAACCAGGAUUUUAUGAUCACUGACACCAAAGCAGAACCAAGUGAGACCAAAGUUCUGGAAGUAAACAGUCCCAUCAGAACCAGCAGUCACACUGAGAAUGUAGACCACUCUCCCACAUUAGAAAAUCCCAGUCUUACAGACACGGAGGAAAUCUUGAUCAAAUGUUGUGUUUGUGGGAAAACCUCCAGUGGUUUAUACGGGAAUCAGUCCCAAAUGAAGCAUCAGGAUGUAUUUGUGUCUGGUGUGACUCUAGGUCUUUGUGAACGCUGCAGAACCAGAUUAGAUCAAAAGGAUUCUGGGACUGUUCAGGUGGAAACUAUUUCAGAUAAGUUACAUUCCUGUGACACCUGUGGAAAGGAUUUUGAAAGAUUUAGUAAUUUGAAAAUACACCAAUGUGAUGAAGGCUCUAAGAAACAAGACAUGACGUUUUAUAAAGCAGAGAGGAAACUUUCUUGUAAAAUAUGUGGGGAAACCUUUAGCUAUAUUAGUACUUUGAAAGCACACAUGGAAAGUCACUCAGUUGAUCGGCCUUUUGUUUGUGAUUUAUGUGGAAAAGGUUUUAAAGAAAAUUCAAAUUUAAGACAACACAUGAGGAUUCACACAGGUGAGAAGCCGUUUAUUUGUGAUGUUUGUGGAAAAUGUUUCACACGAAAGGAUGGAUUAGAUUUUCAUAAAAGAGUUCACACAGGUGAGAAGCCUUUCAAUUGUGAUACAUGUGGAAAAAGUUUUGCUCUGAAGUUACAUUUAGUUUGUCAUAUGAGAUCUCACACAGGUGAGAAGCCUUUUAAUUGUGAAAUAUGUGGAAAAUGUUUUUCACAAAGAUCUCACUUAGUUGUUCACAUGAGAACUCACAAUGACGAGAGGCCUUUUACUUGUGAAAUAUGUGGAAAAGCUUUCAGACAAAAGGGUAAUGUAAAUAUUCACAUGAAUGUUCACUCGAGAGAAAAGUAUUUCAUUUCUGACACCUGUGGAAAGGGUUUUAAAAGUGUACGUAGUUCGAAAAGGCACAUUAAAACAAGCCAAUGUGAAAACGGCUUUACCAGAAAACGCACAAAGGUUCAUGAAGCAGAGAGGAAACUUUCUUGUAAAAUAUGUUAUAAAACCUUUAGCUACAAUUGUGCUUUAAGAGCUCACAUGAAGUGUCACUCAACUGAGCGACCUUUCACUUGUGAUUUAUGUGGUAAAAGUUUCAAACAAAAUCCAAUUUUAAAACAACACAUGACUACUCACACAGGUGAGAAGCCGUUUAUUUGUGAUAUUUGUGGAAAAUGUUACACACGAAAGGGUGCAUUAGAUGUUCACAAAAGAGUUCACACGGGUGAGAAGCCUUUCACGUGUGAAAGAUGUGGAAAAGGCUUUGCAGUAAAGGAGCUUUUAGUUCGUCAUAUGAGAACUCACACAAGUGAAAAGCCUUUUAUUUGUGAAACAUGUGGGAAAUGUUUCACAAAUCCUUCUUCUUUAGCUGUUCACAGGAGAAUUCAUACAGGAGAGAAGCCUUUUACUUGUGAAAUAAACAGAGAAGCUUCCCCAAUCCCGGGUAAUUUAAAACUUCACGAGGAUUCACACAGGUGAGAAGCCUUUUACUUGUGACAUGGGAAAGUGUGUCUCACUAAAAGGAUAUUUAGCUUGUCACAUGAAGAUUCAAACAGGCGAGAAGCCUUUCACAUGUGAUGCAUGUUGAAAAAGAACUAGAACGUUCUGAUCUGGUAAAAAGUCACUGAAAGGUCCAGAGAUGGUUGACUCUGCUUCAGUAUCUGAAUAGGGAGAUUGGUUGGAGCUCAGCUCUUUCGUGAGAGCCAUUGACUACUACACUUUUGUAUAUUGAAAUGUAAUAUUACCUGAAAUGAUGUCAAAGUGUUUUUCUGAAUGUAAUCAUUAAUAACUCUAUUUUGAUGAUAAAUGAUCAGAACUGGAUUAUGAAAACUAAGCAAAAAUAUCAAAUGAAAUACUUUAGAAUACUUUUCCCACUCAUUUUUAAAGCAAGACAUCAAACUCUAGUUGUACUUUAGUUAGUAAUAAUAGUAUUUUAAUUAAUAAAAAUGAUCCCUAAGUGUGUAUUGUAUGUAUCACUGAAAACAUCUCUAUAUAAAUGAUUAAGAGUAAUUACAAUGUUGGGAGAAUUGCAUCAUUUUGUUUUAUUUUCUAUAAUUUUUCUUCUUUUUUUGUUCAAUGUAUUUUAAAUAUCUGUGGGUUUUUUGUUGUUUUCUAAACUUCAUAGAAU